CUGCAACUGAUAAUCAAGUCACAGUAUUUGCUAGAUGCUUACCCUGUUACGGUAGCGGUACCUGUUUGCCGAAGUGUUGUCAGCUUGGUGUUCUAGAGUGAGGGUAUAACUAACGCUGCCCUAAAGUUGGAAAAAGGGGAAUAACGUAAACGACACACCUCAGUGACAUUGUGCGAAUUGUCCCGUAUUGUAUUAACUUACUGAAAGUGGUUAGUGUUAUUGCUGUUUUAAUAACAGCAAAUUUUCAAUAAUUUUAGAUAGUAAAAGCUGAUACAAUGAAGUUCACGCCGCCCCCUGCAUCGCUACGCAAUCCUUUAAUCAUUCCGGAAAAGAUAAUGAUGGGCCCUGGACCGUCCAACUGCUCAAAGCGGGUGCUGACUGCCAUGACUAACACCGUGCUGAGCAACUUCCACGCUGAAUUGUUCCGAACGAUGGACGAGGUCAAGGAUGGCUUGCGGUACAUUUUUCAGACAGAAAACCGGGCCACUAUGUGCGUAAGCGGUUCCGCACACGCGGGAAUGGAAGCUAUGCUGAGCAAUCUGCUUGAAGAGGGCGAUCGAGUGCUGAUCGCGGUUAACGGAAUUUGGGCAGAGCGUGCCGUCGAAAUGUCUGAGCGAUACGGUGCCGAUGUUCGAACGAUUGAGGGCCCUCCGGACCGCCCGUUCAGUUUGGAAACAUUGGCCAGAGCCAUCGAACUACAUCAACCCAAGUGUCUGUUCCUGACGCACGGUGACUCAUCAAGUGGUCUGCUGCAGCCGCUGGAAGGUGUAGGCCAGAUUUGUCACCAGCACGACUGUUUGCUCAUCGUUGAUGCCGUGGCUUCGCUGUGCGGUGUGCCAUUUUAUAUGGAUAAAUGGGAGAUCGAUGCCGUCUAUACUGGAGCGCAAAAGGUGCUAGGUGCGCCUCCUGGUAUCACUCCCAUUUCUAUAAGCCCGAAAGCACUGGAUGUUAUUCGAAAUCGUCGUACAAAAUCGAAAGUAUUUUACUGGGAUUUACUGCUGCUUGGCAAUUAUUGGGGCUGUUAUGAUGAACCAAAACGUUAUCACCAUACUGUCGCAUCGAACUUAAUAUUUGCUCUGCGGGAAGCAUUGGCUCAAAUUGCGGAAGAAGGACUGGAAAAUCAGAUCAAACGCCGCAUCGAAUGUGCCCAAAUCUUGUACGAAGGGCUUGGUAAGAUGGGACUCGAUAUUUUCGUGAAAGACCCCAGACAUCGCCUGCCCACCGUAACUGGUAUUAUGAUUCCGAAAGGUGUUGACUGGUGGAAAGUUUCACAAUACGCCAUGAACAAUUUUUCGUUAGAAGUACAAGGAGGACUUGGACCUACGUUUGGAAAAGCAUGGCGUGUGGGUAUUAUGGGCGAAUGCUCAACGGUACAAAAAAUACAAUUCUAUCUAUAUGGCUUUAAGGAAUCACUCAAAGCCACGCAUCCCGACUAUAUUUUCGAGGAAAGUAAUGGAUUUCACUAGAUGAAACUUAAACAAUGCAUCAAUGUAUUAUUGCCGCUUUGAGUCCUGCCAGACUUAGCAUAUGCAUGCUAAAAGUAGGGCUUUUAAGAACAUACAUAGAUUCUACUAAUUGCGCUAGAAUUGCAAAACGGAUCAUCUCAAUUUGCUUGUCGAAGCUAUCAUGAACGGUAACAUGCCCACUAACCAGACAGUUUUGUAAGUAAGAUUACUUUUUGAAGAAUAAAUUAUUUUGUUACAGAAAUGAA